AUGGCUCAAAUAGUGAAAAGUUCGCGUGGUAAAACUCUUCUAAUCUUAGAAAAUUUUGCGUUAUUUAACGAUAAAGUUUUGAAAAGUGGAGAAUUGUAUUGGAGGUACGUGAAAAAGAAUGUAAAAUGUUCUGCCAACGUAUUUACUGUUGGUCCUGAAUUUACAAUUUCGAGAAAAAAUUUAAAUCACAACUACGAAGCAGACGAGAAGAAAUUAAAUAGGACAAUAAUUUCAAAUUCUUGUAAACGCAAGGCAGAGGAUGAUAUAUCCGAAAAACCAUCGAAGAUUAUUCGCAGGGAAUUGAGUUCCAAUUUGCCACAGACCAUGACAACGACCGAUGUAGAAUAUGUACGAAGAAAUAUUUAUAAUUAUAGGUGCAAGUUGUUACCAGGACCACUACCUAAAAAUAUAACGGAAGUGCAUAGUGCAGUGGAAAAAUUAAAUCAUAAAACAGGAAAAGGUGAAUGCUUUUUGUACAUUAACAGUCCUGAACAUAAUAUUAUUGUAUUUUCUUGUGACAGUAACAUUCGUGUAAUGUGUGAUAUGAACAUUUUUUACAUGGACGGUACAUUUUCUUAUUCCGCAAAAUAUUUUUUACAAAUGUUUACCAUACACGGGUUUAAAAACGGUCAUUAUGUUCCACUUGCGUAUUGUUUACUACCUUCGAAAUCUACUGAUACAUAUAUCAAUUUAUUUUCUUUAUUAAGAUCUAAGAUGUUUAAUCAAUUUAAUGUGAUUUUCAAACCAAGCGAGGUAUAUGUGGAUUUCGAAAAAGCCAUACAUAACGCUCUAUAUUUUACAUGGCCAAAUAUAAAAAUAAAUGGUUGUAGAUUUCAUUUACACCAAGCUUGGUUUAGAAAAAUACAAGCUCUCUGUUUGAUUUCGGAAUUCAAUAAUAGAGAUUCGGAAAUUGGAAGGUGGAUAAAGCAUACAUUUGGAAUAACAUAUCUAAAUCCCGAUGAAUUGGAAGAUUGUUUUGUGUUUGACUUAAUGUGUUAUAAACCAGUAAAUGCAACUUUGGACAAAUACGCCGAUUACUUAUUAGAUGUUUAUAUAGAUAAAGAUUCACAAUUUCCUCCUACUAUGUGGUCAGAUGGAAGUCCAUCAAUAUUUCAAACAACUAAUGCAUGUGAGUCAUUUCACUCUAGAUUUAAUUCUUCACCUUAUUCGUCGCAUCCUGCUAUAUACGUUUUUAUAGAAAAAUUGAAAGAAUUUCAGAUUGAUACUUAUAUCAAAAUACAGAGUUUAUAUGUUCCAGCAAGAAUUAAAGAUGCAAAAGUUAAAAAUAAAUUAAAUUUUUUAGUAGAUAUUGUUCAUAGAUUUCGAUCAAAUCAAAUUACAAGAUUAGAUUUUGUUAAAUGUGUUUCUUAUUAUUCAUAA